CCAAACUAACCGCUGGCAUAACGCUACUGUCUCCGGCUUGAGAGGCGCGUCGAGGUGAAGACUGAAGACUGCAUAGAGGCGAAGACUGAAGUUUGAAGAAGCUCGCUCUUAUUCACUGUCUUUGAGAGAUUCGCUUGAGCAGGACAAAACAAGAAGGCUAUGCAGACAGGAGCUGAUGUUUAUCCCACGGAUCUACUGGACAGCACAUACCCGUGACAACAUCAUCUCCCACAAAUCCAGGGAGAUUCUUCUUUCUAUGUGGAUUAAAGUCUACAGCAAGGAAACUAGAGCUUAAACAGCUGGGAUGUUUCCCAUGUUCCUGACAUCAUCUGUAGGAAAUGAGACCUGGGCGUCUGUCUUUUCUCUCUACAUGGACGAAAAGCCAAGGAAAGUGUACUAAAAGCUGACUGACAGGAUUAAUUUUACUUACAAAACUGCCCCUUUAUCUUUAAACCCAAAGAAGAGCUUGAUGGUGUCAUAUGAUAUGGACUAAUUGUACUCAGUGAGAGCGCCCAGCGGCAGCACUUUUGCUCCAGAUGAAACUGAUGUUUUUCUGCAUAAUUUUUAGUCAGUCUGGAGCCGUUAGCCCUCCCGCACUGUGUGUUGUAGCAUGUGGCUUGGGCUCAACAUCCACAGCAUCUUAAUUACACAGCCAAACCGAUUUAGACCACGGAGGAAGCAUCUCUACAUCUGGAGAUACGCUGCCAUUUUUUAGAGGGAUGCACAGAGACAUCUGAUCUGCUUUCCUCACGUUUUUUGUUCUCUUUACCUAUGCGAUUUCCUAAAAGAAGCACAAGAGAUCCCACUCUCUUUCACACGUGCACCUAGUAAGUUUUUGAGUGUAACGUCUAUAACCUUUCUAGUGCUUCUCUUUCUCUCCUCCACUGACGUCCCAUUCACACAUCCCGCCAUAAUGAAGCCUUUAAUUAAUGAGGCACAGGUUCAAAUUAGCCUGCUUCAGUGACUAUCCAGGGCCGCUGGUCCCUGCAGACGCAGUGACCUUUGGAGAGGGCCAGACUGCUGCUCUGUGGCCAAACAUCUUCACACACACACACACACACACACACACGCACGUACAUCUACCCUUGAGCCCCUGGCAGUAAAUAGUGAAUGGUAAAUGUCAGCGCUCUGGCCAUUGAAUUAUACGGUUUAUUUGGAUAAGUGUAAGAGCGGAUCAGAUGAGCACCACAAGCUCCACCAACAGCUUGCCUCCGUCCACACAUCAGCUUUCGGCAAGCUGGGAAUUUUCUCUUUGAUUAGCGAGAUUAUAUUGUCUUUUAUCUUGUGCUUGCUCUGUUACUGUCUCUCUUUUCCUGUUCCUUGCAGCGGCAGCCAUGAUGGUCGCACCGACACAUUUGGCAGGACAACAGAGCGGCGUUCCACGUGGAUAAAUUAGUUUAUUUCGUAUCGGGGUUACACAUUCUUGCCAUAUAUUUUUACAACUGCACGGCUCGUGGAACACGACAGGAAAGACUUAAAAGGGCCUGAUGCACCUUUUAAGAGCAGCAACAAAAAUGAAUAAAUCAUCAAGAGGGAGUGAGGGCUAGUUCUUCACAGACAGCGCUAAAGGAAACGCUCUUCUCCCCCUACCAGCGAGAGAGGUCUCUGGCAGACUGACAGUUGCAGCCUCUCUAGCCUGGUGGAUCGUUGAUGCAUUUGCCUUGAGUUUUGCGUUCCUCUGCCCUCCCCCUCCGUGCCUGUGUCAUGCUCUGUUGCCGGCGUGCCGUCCUGGAGCCAUGCCCAUCCCCGAGAUGGCUUUGAGCCCGGUGAAGUCUCUGUACUGGGAGGUGUUCCCCUCCAUGGCCACGCAGCGGGUGUACUGCACGCCUGUGCUCUGGGCCGGACGCCUCUAUGUGCUGGGGGGCUGCUGCGAGAACGGCCUCGCUCUGGACUCAGCCGAGGUGCUGGAUCUGGAGAGCCAGCGCUGGUGCGAGCUGCCCCCUCUCCCCACCGCACGGGCCGGGGCAUCUGCCGUGGUUGUCGGAGACCAGCUGAUGGUCAUGGGAGGCAUGGAUGCACAGCAGAGGCCGCUGGCCUCGGUGGAAGUGUAUCACCCUGAUGAGGGCAAGUGGGAGAGGAAGACGGGACUGGGGCAGCCCUCCAUGGGGAUCACCACACUGGAGAAAGAUGGCAAGGUGUAUGCUCUGGGCGGGAUGGGAGCUGACACGACCCCUCAGGCCUCAGUGAGGCUGUAUGAGCCAACAAAGGACCAGUGGUUGCCCCUCACCUCCAUGCCCACCCCACGCUACGGAGCCUUCUCCUUCCUGCACGGUAACAAGAUCUAUGUUCUAGGUGGGCGUCAGGGCAAGCUGCCAGUGACCGCAUUUGAGGCCUUCGACCUUGAGAUGAAGAGCUGGACGCGGUACCCGUGCAUCCCCAGCCGCAGAGCGUUCUCCUCAUGCGCUGCCAGCGACAGGGCGUUUUUCAGCCUGGGGGGUCUUCAGCAGCCUGGACCCCACAACUUUUACUCCAGACCUCACUUCGUCUCCACCGUAGAGGAAUUUGAUUGUGAGCAGGGUGGGCGUCAGGGCAAGCUGCCAGUGACCGCAUUUGAGGCCUUCGACCUUGAGAUGAAGAGCUGGACGCGGUACCCGUGCAUCCCCAGCCGCAGAGCGUUCUCCUCAUGCGCUGCCAGCGACAGGGCGUUUUUCAGCCUGGGGGGUCUUCAGCAGCCUGGACCCCACAACUUUUACUCCAGACCUCACUUCGUCUCCACCGUAGAGGAAUUUGAUUGUGAGCAGGGUGUGUGGUUGAAGGCCACGCGGAGCUGUCGCAUGAGAGAGAAGCGGGCGGACUUCGUAGCUGGCUAUCUCGGUGGAUGGGUCAUUGCUGCAGGGGGACUCGGUAACCAGCCGUCCCCGCUGGCGUCAGUGGAGAGUUAUAACCAGCUGAAGAGGAGAUGGGAACCCGUGGCCCCGUUACCCAGCCCUCGCUGCUCCUGUGCCUCCAUUCAAACCCCAAACAUGCUGUUCCUCAUCGGAGGGGUGUCCCAGGGUCCCAGCAACGCCGUGGAAGCCCUCUGUUUGAAAGAGACUGUCUGACACACACAUACACACACUAAUGAACAACUACACAAAUCCUCACAUGCUGUACUUUCCGGAGUGUCAGCUCUGCAAACACACACACACACGCAUACUGACGUCAAGCUGACGUGUGUGUCUCUGACAAAUAUUCACAGACUCUCCCCUCAGAGGACGCAUCAGCUUUAUACUUUGAAUAGUGGAGACAAUCUACUGGAGCUUGGACAGCGUUCCACUCCUCUGGCCAGAAGAGUUUUGGACUGGAGAUCUAAGACAAGCAAAAAAUACUUAAAUAUAUCAUUCAUCUAACUAUACUAAAUAUAGUAAAUAUAUUUAUGAAUAUAUAUAUAAUUAUAACUAUAUUAAUAUAUAUAGAUAAAUGUGCAGACCUACACGAACAGACACACGCAACACUCCAGGCGCCUUUGAAAUGUACAGCAUUUUUCAGUAUCAAAGCAGGGUAAUUUUCUGGCAAACUAAAGAGGAACUUAGGGCCAUAUCCACCACGCUGCCACAGCACCCGUCUGAGGUAGCAUGUUUAGCACUUUUUGUAUUAUUGACAAACAGAGGACGUUCUGCGUGAGACUUCAGAAAUCGGAGGCAGAUGCGUGUGCGUGUGUGUUUUUGUACCUUCACAGCCAUGCACGUAUGAAAUUGAGAACCGUUAUGCGUGGAAAGAGCAACUCUUAUAACGGUAAAUCACUGAUGCCUCACUGUAGCAUGAGACAGGGGAGAUGGAGGAGAACUUGGUUCAUCUAGCCGGUUAAUUAAAGGAAUGUUCUGGGUUCAAAACAGGUUUAGCUUGAAAGUAUCUGUGAUAUACUGUCGAUUAGCACAGAUGAUCAUUUGAAUGUGUCCCU